AUGUGGUGUGACAACUGUCUACUACUCUUGCCUUUGCUCUACAGCCUUGCUGGUGGCAUCUUCCUUCUCGUGGUGGGACAGUACAUUUACUUUGUUUUCCCGGAAUGGUACAUCUAUGGGGGCAUUUCAAUCGGUGUAGCUUCCGCCGCUGCCAUCAAUAUCCUCGCGCUUUCAAACAGGUCAUACAUUUGGACGCGAGUGUGUAAGUUCCUAUGGCCCUUCAUUGUAGUCAUAUGUGCUAUCCGAGCGAUUAUCAUGAUUUUGGAGCUUCAACGAGGGAAAGACAAGAUUACCUGGGAAUGCGACCAUGGAGGGCAACUUUGGACCGAGUCUGUCGCUAAUGGUUACGACAAUGGGCAUCCGAUACCAAGCGGAUUUUGCGCCUCGGGCUUUUCGAGCCUGUAUGCAGCAUUCAUUGUUGGCUUGCUCAUAGAUCUUGUCUUUCAGCUCUACAUGCUCUUUCUGAACUGGCGCUUCUCAAAGCGCCUGGAACAUUACCGGGAGAUGAAAGGUCCGUUCUAUGGGGGGUACUACAACUCAUAG